CUGGUGCUCAUUUCCACCUCAGCCCAUCAGCCCUAUCAAGUAUACGAAAGAAUCGCCUUACGCCUGGGUACAACACCUGUGCCUCUGAUACGAUUAAUUUCGUUUGACUCUCGCAUUCGGUGCCUGUCAGGCCAUUCAACCUUGCACAACGCCCUCCCCCAGAGAAAGCUGCUUUUCGCAGGCGGCGGAUAUCGACUAAUAAAAUGGCGGACUCAAGAGGGUCAGCGGCACCUAAACCCAGUAGCAGUGUUAAGCUAGUUCUACUGGGUGAAUCUGCGGUGGGAAAGUCAUCAUUGGUUCUUCGAUUCGUCAAUAAUGAUUUUCAGGAAAACAAGGAACCGACAAUUGGAGCUGCAUUCCUCACUCAAAAAUGUAAUCUUCCAACGCGAACAAUUAAAUUCGAAAUCUGGGAUACUGCGGGCCAAGAACGCUUCGCCUCCCUGGCACCGAUGUACUACCGAAACGCACAAUCUGCGCUUGUCGUUUAUGAUCUUACGAAGCCUACUUCCUUAACUAAGGCCAAACACUGGGUUGCUGAGUUGCAGCGGCAAGCUUCGCCGGGUAUUGUCAUUGCUCUUGUGGGCAAUAAGCUCGACCUGACGAACGAAACCUCGUCAUCCACAGGAGCUAGCGCAAAUUUUGCGGGAUCAGAAGAUGCUGCUGGGGAAAGUGAAGAAAAUCACGCAGAAGCGGAUGCCGACGCUGACGCCGAUGACGAGGAGACUCACGAUGCAAGAAAGAUAUCGACGGCCGAGGGUAAGGCCUAUGCCGAUGAAGAAGGUCUAUUAUUCUUCGAGACCAGUGCAAAGACUGGCACCAACGUGACCGAUGUAUUUACGGCUAUUGCCAAUGCCAUUCCUGAGCACACCCUGAAAGGAGGACGGGGCGCAGCUGCCGCUGCACAAGGCGCGCUUGGCGCUCGUGGCGAUGCUGAUCCCUCUAGGGUUAAUCUUAAUGGUCCAAGGAAAGAUGUCGGCGCCAAGGAGGGCUGCGCUUGUUAGUUCGAGGGUUGUAGUGAUAAAGCGCCCACCAUCUGUCCUUCAAUGCUCAUCAAUUCACUCUCACACUCAUAAUUAUGGAGAUUUGCGGUCACCCUUUUUCAGUUCAGUAGAUACCUCUUUCCGCUCUUUCUCUUCCUAUCUUUUCGUCCGUCA